UUCCUCUUUCAUGGCCUUAAGAAUCCUUCUUGCCCUGCCCCACCUUUGCAGCUGUGACUGACUUGAAGCAGAAAAGCUCACAACCUUGGACUGAUCAACUGCCCGUGUUCUCAGGAGGAACCCAGCAAAACCACCUGAAAAGCAUGGCGGUAGAUCUUCGCGGGAGCUUUUCUCUCCUGUUGCUGCUGGGGCUGUGGGAGCCCGUGUGCCUCCUCAGCAGCACUCAGCCUAAGGGUCUCACCAAGGCCCGCUGGUUUGAGAUUCAGCACAUCCAGACAAGUCCUCAGCAGUGCAACAUGGCGAUGCAUGGUGUCAACAAUUACACCCAGCACUGUAAGCCGAAAAACACCUUUCUGCAUGAAUCCUUCGGGAACGUGGCUGCCGCCUGUGGCUCUCCCAACAUCACCUGCAAGAACGGUCAAAAGAACUGCCACAAGAGCGCAGGGCCUGUCAACAUGACGGACUGCGCGCUCACGGGGGGAACCUACCCCAGCUGUCGCUACAGCAGUGCAGUGAAGUACAAAUUCUUCAUUGUGGCCUGUGAACGCCCCAAGAAGAACGACCCCCCCUACCAGCUGGUCCCUGUGCACUUAGAUGACAUUGUCUAAGGCUCAGGACACCUUUCUUCUGUUUGACACGGGUUCUCUUUCCCUUCCUUCCACUGUUUCUUUCAUUCCUACGGAAAAGGAAGGCCUUGGGAGAAUUAGACAGCCUCAGCUGUCAGAGCAGAGUCAAGACAAAAAGAAAUAGGGUGCGUGGGUUACAGUGGAGCUCAGGAGCUGAGCAGUGCUUAGCGCACAAUGAUCCCUGGCUUCCAUCACUAGCCCCCACCACCCAAAAAGGAGAGACAGGAUUAUUUUUUGCUCUGGGGCUGCCUCUGUUGGGGAGGAAUAUAGAAAACAGAUAAAGAAGGUCUGAGCAACUGAACAGUUUAUCCUGCAGCUGUUCAGGUCAAGCUUCCUUGUGCUAUGCUUACAGAAAUAAAGUCAUUUCCUUUUUCACUGUAAUAAA